AUGGGGGAUGGGAGAACAAGAGGCAAACCUUUGGUGCUAGUAGCAAGUCCAUUUCAAGGUCAUAUGACUCCCAUGCUUCAACUAGGCAGUGUUCUUCAUUCCAAAGGCUUUUCCAUAACCAUAGUUCACACCAAAUUGAAUUCUCCUGACCCUUCAAACCACCCCGAGUUCACGUUUCUUCCUCUUUUCGACAACUUUUUAGCCAUCGAUGCUUCGGCCAACUUCACAAAGUUUUGUGAAGUACUUAAUAAUAACUGCAAAAUGCAGCUACAAGACCACUUGACUCGAAAGAUUAAAGAAGGGAAAGAAGCAAACGAUGAAAUGAAUCAAAGGAUCACAAUCAUACAUGAUAAUAUCAUGUACUUUGUAGAAGAAGUUGCUAGCAAUUUGAAUCUUCCUAGCAUAGUUUUUCGCAGUUCUAGCGCAUCAUAUAUGCCGGCUUUCCUUGCCCUUCCUAAACUUCAUGCACAAGGCCAACUUCCCGUGCAAGAUUCCAUGCUGCAAAAGCUAGUGCCCGAGCUCUAUCCGCUUAGAUACAAAGAUUUACCAUUUAAUAAGACAUCUACAGAACUUGCAAAGGAAAUGUUUGCACUUGCAGAGCAUAUUAGAGCCCCUUCAGCUAUUAUUUGGAACACUAUUGAUUUUCUAGAGCAUUCAGUGCUUACAAAACUCCGGCAGCACUACAAGAUUCCAAUUUUUGCGAUAGGCCCAUUAAAUGAAAUGGCAAGAGGCCCGUCUACUAGUUUUCUCAAAGAGGACACCGAUUGUAUCUCAUGGCUCGAUAAACAAGCUCCAAAGUCGGUUAUUUAUGUAAGUUUAGGGAGUUUAGCCACUAUGAAUGAAAGUGAGUUAGCUGAAACAGCUUGGGGGCUAGCUAAUAGUAAACAACCAUUUCUAUGGGUUGUUAGGCCCGGUUCAGUUAAUGGGUCGGAAUGGAUUGAGUUUUUGCCAGAAGGUUUUACGGAACAAGUAAAAGGCAGAGGUCUCGUGCUAAAAUGGGCGCCACAAAAAGAAGUUUUGGCACAUUAUGCGGUUGGAGUGUUUUGGAGCCAUUGUGGUUGGAACUCGACUUUGGAAAGUAUUUCUGAAGGGGUUCCAAUGAUAUGCCAGCCGUGGAUGGGGGACCAAUGUGUAAAUUCUAGGUAUUUGUGUUAUGUAUGGAAAGUGGGCUUGGAAUUGGAAAAUUUGGAACGAAAAGUGAUUGCGAAUGCAAUUAGAAGGCUUUUGGUGGAUGAUGAAGGGAAAGAAAUGAGGCAAAGAGCAAUUAGCAUGAAAGAAAAGGCCAAAUAUGCUUUGUGCAAAGGAGGGUCUUCAUUCAACUCCUUGAAUAACUUGGUAGAAUUCAUCUUGGCAAGAUUUUAGAAAAUUGCAGUUUGGAUCACCCUUGUCAUAUGUAUCUAUUUAUAUAUUAUGCGACGGCUAGCUAAUUAUUUGUAUCUAGUUAUGUAUUAUGCGAAGAUGUAUUAUGCCUGCCAAGGCUUUCUAUCUAAUUAUAUUAAAGAUGUUGAACAUAUAGAUCAGAGAGGUGACAAAUGAUU